GAAAGUCUUGAAACAACUUGUUACCGAAAAUUUUUAUAUUUGCUUUUUAGGAAGUGACAUUUUCAUUAAUUGAACAACACAUUGGUAUCUAUAAUGUAGCUGUAUAAUAUAUCAAUAUUAUACGAAACGACAAGGUGCAGGGUGCGUGCGUUGAGGGUGGGAGAGAUAAUCUUGGAUAGUGGGGAUGGUACCUACAAGUAGCGGUACCUCUCAAGAUUAUCAUUCGCUUCCCGGCAGUCAUCUGUAAAGGCGUUUGCGUCCGCAACUGAAGACAUCAGGCUUAUCGUCGUGCCGAACUUAUCGAAGCCCUUAAUUGCGAAUACGUCAUAAAAAUGAAUCACUGGUUGCUACUGUUUCUUGCAGUGUGCGCGCUCUGGAGCUUCGGCGAGACCGUUCCCUGCGAUCAGUGCGGACGUGAGUGCGCCGACAUAUGCGGCACCCGGCAGUUUCGCGCCUGCUGCUUCAACAACAUGCGGAAGAGACAUUCCGACUUGCUCGGCCUGAAAUUCUGGAUGAGACCGCGGAGAUACGCGCUCCACCUUUACCCGGCUUACGACGCUUAAUCACCGCGCGCCGUAUAUAAUACAUCCCAUGCACAAUUAUGGAAAAUCUUCACGAUAUAAGCUAAUUACUGCUCAAUGUUAUCCCAGUAUCCAUGCACACUGUUCAACUUUAAAAAAUCGCAUAAUGUCGCCUUUAAUUUUUUCCCGCACUUCUUCUCGACCCUUCUCACCCCUUCGAUAACCCGCUUGUCGAUAACACGCCCGUUUAACUCAAAUUAAAAAGGUAUUAUCCCAGCAGCAAGAUACUCGGAUAUGAUUUUUUUUUGUAUGUAAUACAAAAAUCUCUUCUUCACCCGAUUUUAUAUGUAUGUUAUUAAGAGCACAUCGAUCCUCGAUUAGUUAACUUUAGUGAGAGAAUCGAGUGAGAUUAUAUAUGCACAUAUAAACGCACGUAUGAAAUAAAAAAUUAUCUUUACUGGAAAAA